AUGGCUGUUUACGCAAGGGAAGUUGGACCAGGAAGGGAAGGCAGCCAAGGGCAGUUUCCACUAACACAGAAUGUAACGGUUGUUGAAGGCGGAACUGCAAUUUUGACCUGCAGGGUUGAUCAAAAUGAUAACACCUCCCUCCAGUGGUCAAAUCCAGCUCAACAGACGCUGUACUUUGAUGACAAGAAAGCUUUAAGGGACAAUAGGAUUGAGCUGGUUCGGGCUUCCUGGCAUGAAUUGAGUAUCAGCGUCAGUGAUGUGUCUCUCUCCGAUGAAGGACAGUACACCUGUUCUUUAUUUACAAUGCCUGUCAAAACUUCCAAGGCCUAUCUCACUGUUCUAGGUGUUCCGGAGAAGCCUCAGAUCAGCGGAUUCUCCUCCCCAGUGAUGGAGGGGGACUUGAUGCAGCUGACCUGCAAAACGUCUGGUAGUAAACCUGCCGCUGAUAUCAGAUGGUUCAAGAACGACAAGGAGAUUAAAGAUGUAAAAUAUUUAAAAGAAGAGGAUGCAAAUCGCAAGACAUUCACUGUCAGCAGCACCCUGGAUUUCCGAGUGGACCGCAGUGACGAUGGCGUGGCGGUCAUCUGCAGAGUAGACCACGAAGCUCUCAACGCCACCCCUCAGGUGGCCAUGCAGGUGCUAGAAAUACACUAUACACCAUCAGUUAAGAUUAUCCCAUCCACUCCUUUUCCACAAGAAGGACAACCUUUAAUUUUGACUUGUGAAUCCAAAGGAAAACCACUGCCAGAACCCGUUUUGUGGACAAAGGAUGGCGGAGAAUUACCAGAUCCUGACCGAAUGGUUGUGAGUGGUAGGGAGUUAAACAUUCUUUUCCUGAACAAAACGGAUAAUGGUACCUAUCGAUGCGAAGCCACAAACACCAUUGGCCAAAGCAGCGCAGAAUAUGUUCUCAUUGUACACGAUCCCAAUGCUCUGGCUGGCCAGACUGGCCCUGAUCAUGCUCUUAUAGGAGGAAUAGUGGCCGUCGUUGUAUUUGUCACGCUGUGUUCUAUAUUUCUGCUUGGUCGAUACCUGGCAAGACAUAAAGGAACGUAUUUAACAAAUGAAGCUAAAGGAGCUGAAGAUGCACCAGAUGCUGACACAGCCAUUAUCAAUGCUGAAGGCAGCCAAGUCAAUGCUGAAGAGAAAAAAGAAUAUUUCAUUUAAAAUGCAGGCCGAGAUCUGAGUUUUAC